AUGGCGAAUCAAUCCAAUUCAUCGGAAGAUUCUUCCUCCUUCAAUUUCUCGGCUGCUCCGCCGCGGCAGACGUUCCCGGAGGCUAUCUUUGGUGAUUACGACGGCGAUGUUGGUUCGUUUCGCCGGAGGAUGGUCAUUCUUUGUAGAGAUGAUUACGUGAAUCGCAAACGGGCCGAGGAUCUCGAUGUCGAUGACGUUGAUGAAGACCAUUACUGUAAUCUUGAUGAUGAGCUUGUACCAUGGAGCGUGAGCAAGAAGAUGAAGAUAGAGAGGAUGAAGAAGAUUGGGAAGAGAGCGUUCGAUAAGAUCUUUAAGAAGUCUCUGGACUCGCAAUUGAAGCCUGGUUGCGUCUAUGGCAAGCAUGGUCUCGGCAUCAGGUUCAGGUGCUGA